AUGGAUAACUAUAUUAUGCAUGAAUUACUUACUCCAGACCAUGCAAAAGAACUUCAAGAAAAAAUAGAAGAUAUUACUAAUCAUUUUAAAAAAAAUAAUAAUGAAUUUGAUGAAUUUUUUGCUCACUACAAUGUUAAUGCAUUUGAAAAUGAGUUUGAAGGAGAUAGUAGUGAAAAUAGUGCACGUAUUGAUUUAAACCACUGUAUUGAAGAUAGAGAAAAAGAAUUAAAAAAUAUUAAAGAGUUAAUGGAAAAAGUUGAAUUAUUACAUGAAGAAAUUAAUUCAUUAUAUGAAAAAGAAAAAACUGAAAUUCAUUUCUUAAAAGAAGCCGAAAAAGAAAGUUCUGGUCAAUUAAUUUCAAGUAAAGAAGUAUUUGAAAAGGAUAGUAAAAAAGAAAAUAAAGUAAAUCCUUUUAAUACCAAACGACCUCGUAGUGAUUCUACACUUCCACUAAUAAGUUCUAAUGAUUCAUCAAUUAGAAGUAGUCUUAAUAAAGUUGGACUUAUUUAUAUUCCUUUAGAAACAGUUGUAAAUCAUAGAUUAAAUGUAUUAAUUCCUUAUUUCACUUAUUUACAAAAGUGGAGUAAAUGUUCAAAAUUUAAUGUUUUAUAUGACUCAAGGGAAACUCCAAAAGAUGAUGAAGAUUGGUUCCGACCAAUUCUUAAUCAUCCAAAUUUAUACUUUAUAAAUGUUGAUCAGAAUGGAAGUAUAUUUGGUGGUUUUACAUUUAAAGCACCUAUUGAACCAAAGAAAUAUGUAGUUGAUCCUAAUCAUUUCUUGUUUUCACUUAGAAUAGAACAAACUGAUUUUGUUCAUCAAUACAAAUCAAAGAAACCACAAGGAUUAAUGGUGUGUGAAAAAUCAAAGAUUAUGUAUGGUUUUGGAUUAUCAGAGAGUUGUAUGGAUAUUUAUUUUGCUCAUAAAAAAGGGUCUUGUUGUUUUAACUUAUCGAAGAAUUAUAUUAAUUUAGAGAAUACUGGACUAAAUACGUUAUGUCAUCCUAAUGAUUUUGUAGUAACAAGAACUAUUAUCCUUGAAAUGAAAUGA